UUGGAAUAAGCUACAGCAGCCCUUGACUUUGAUUUUCAUAUACUAACCUCCAUCACUUUUUUUCAUAUAUAAAUACGUCGUGCUAGCCGUAACACCUCAAACCAUCUGGGAAUUUGAACGUAACAUAGCAGCAAAAAAUGGCAGCUCAAUCACCGGUUAUCAAAGUCGUCGCCCUCUGCGGUUCCCUCCGCAAAGCUUCUUACAAUCGCGGUCUCAUCCGCGCCGCGAUGGAGAUUUGCAAGGAAUCAAUCAACGGGAUGGAGAUAGAGUACGUGGACAUAUCGUCCUUACCGAUUCUGAACACCGAUCUCGAGGUAGACGGAAAAUUUCCACCGGAGGUAGAGGAAUUCCGCCAGAAGAUUCUCGGAGCAGACAGCGCACUCUUCGCUUCUCCGGAAAACAACUUCUCCGUCGCUGCACCUUUGAAAAACGCGAUUGAUUGGGCGUCUCGGCCGCCGAACGUGUGGGCGGACAAGACGGCGGCAGUCGUGAGCGCCGGAGGAUUCCUAGGAGGAGGAUUAGGGCAGUUUCACCUACGGCAAAUCGGAGUUUUCCUGGACCUCCAUUUCAUCAACAAACCUGAGUUUUUCGUGCAGGCAUUCCAGCCUCCUCCAAAGUUCGACGCCGACGGCAACUUGAUCCAUGAGGCCACCAAGGAGAAGCUGGAGAAAGUCCUUCUAUCCUUGCACAAAUUCACCUUGCGCCAUCUAACCAAGAUUGAAUAAUUUGAAUGAGUAUAGGAAACCAAA